AUGAAGCCGUCGGACACACCGGCGCUGUUCAUCUUGCUAGGCUGCGCAGGAGCCUUGCACCUCGACAGGGCCGAGCCUCGCGCGGCGACCGCCACUGACGCAGCUGCCACCUGGGAGAAGCAGGCGGCGCAGUCGACCCUGACAGUGGAAUACCUGAUUGUCGGCGGCGGCGGUGGCGGCGCUUCCGGAGGCGGCGGCGGCGGCGGUGUGCUCCAAGGGACGGGUCUGGUCAUGUCUGUCGACGAAGUCAUCACGGUUGGCGCCGGCGGUCUCGGAGGUUCGGGGGCAGCGGCACCACUGCGGAGGCGACGAACGGAGGAGAUUCUUCGAUCGGCUCUCUGGUGGCAUAUGGCGGUGGCAAGGGGGCGGGGGGCAGUUCCAGGACUGCCUCCAGCGGAGGCUCAGGCGGUGGAGGCGCCUACGAUCUGCCGAGUGUUGCCUACGCGGCUGGGGUCGCGGGACAGGGCUACCGGGGUGGGCGCAGCGACAGGGGGGGGUACGGCGCAGGCGGUGGCGGCGGCGGUGCGGGCGGCGUUGGGAGCGACGCGCCCCAACAGCACUACGGAGGAGAUGGUGGCGUUGGAGUGGCGUCGUCGAUUUCAGGCACUCUUACGUAUUACGGCGGAGGCGGUGGCGGUGGCGUCAACGCAAACUGCGGUUGCACCACUUAUCCAGGAGGGGCCGGCGGCUUAG